AUGUGGAUCAUGUUUUUCUAUCCUGUAUUUACCUUGUGUCAUCCCGAGACUGCCAAGGUCAUUCUGAAGACAGCCGAACCUAAACCCGUGCAGAUGGGCGGUGGCUACUUUGCAUUUAUACCAUGGUUAGGAAAUGGUUUGAUAUUGAACUCAGGGAAGCGAUGGGAGAGAAAUAGACGUCUUCUUAACCCAGCCUUCCAUAUAGAUGUUCUGAAAACACAUGUAGUCACUUUCAACAAAGUUUUCGAUACUUUUUUGACACACCUGGAGAAGGCUGUGUCCGGGGGUAAAGGUGUGGAGCUCAGUGAACCGGUGGGGAAGGCUACUCUGGACACAGUGCUGAGAUGCGCAUUCUCAGUUGAUGAAAAUAUACAAACAGAAGGUUCAAGUCAUCCGUACGUGACAGCUGUCAGGAAUAUCACCACUCUAGCAGGUGCGCGAAUGCUGAAACCAUGGCUGUAUCCAGAAGUAUUUUUUCGACUCACCGCUGACGGGAAGAAAUUCUUUCAGAAUGUAAAAUAUGUACAUGACUUUGAUGAAAUGGUCAUCACAGAACGAAGAAAAGCCUUGGCGGCUGAGGAUUCCAAGGUAAAUAAACGCCGACCAGACUUCCUGGACAUUCUGCUUACCGCCAGAGACGAGCAGGGCGAGGGACUGACCGACCGUGAGGUCAGGGACGAGGUCGACACCUUCCUGUUUGGCGGUCAUGAUACCACAGCGGCCGCUAUCAGCUGGACGUUGUAUUUGUGUUCCAAAUAUCCGGAUGAACAAGAGAAAGUCUUCGAUGAAGUACAGAAGGUGAUCGGCGACAAGUCAAAUGUGAAAUGGUCUGAUAUCCAAGAAAUGACAAGGCUGUCACUGUUUCUGAAGGAGUCGAUGAGAAUACACACCCCUGUCGGUGUGAUUGCUAGAAUAACUACAAUGGAGCAUACGAUAGAUGGAAUGACACUACCUGCAAAUAGUGAGGUGAACAUUCUUAUAGAGUCCAUCAACCAUCGCGAGGACAUCUGGACAGAUCCUGAGACAUUUCGACCGGACAGGUUUUCCAAAGAUUCAGACAGAAAUCCUUUUAGUUUUGUACCGUUUUCAGCCGGGCCAAGAAAUUGCAUAGGACAAAACUUUGCACUUAAUGAAAUAAAGGUGGCCAUUGCACAGACUAUUAAACGAUUCAAGAUCUUGCCUGAUCUGGAUCAUGAGACCGUCCCACAAACGGAAGCCGUUCUCCGGUCUAAAAAUGGCGUAUGGGUGAAAUUGGAGAAACGGAAAUAA